AUAAAAACUACUAUUUGAUAACUACAAGCACUAGCAACUCCACCAUCAAAAAGAGAAACUAUUCCAUCAACUUGUUCCAAUAUUUCUAUAAUUGUUCUUCAAAAACCCCUAUAAAAAAUCUCCAUAAAAAACCUAACAAGAAAAAUAACACAAACAAACCCUUUUCACCCCUUAUAUAAUUAUCAUGUGGAGUGUAUUAGUAACAAUGAGACAAAAUUUGCAAAAUAUGGGAAAAAGUCCAAGAGUUGCUGAUGAAAAUAUGACUAGUAAUGGAGCUGGUAGAUCAACAAGGCAACAUAAUUGGCAUGGAUUUUCGAUUAUUUGUGGCGUUUUUCGCGCACCACUUUCGUUGUUUUCCUGCUUAAAUCAUCCUCGGAUCAACGGGACAGAUGGAGUUUGGGUGUCUGGUGAAUUUUCACAGAUUUCUGAAAUGAAUCAUCUUAUGGUUAGUGAUAGUAUGCGUUAUGCAAUCUUGAUGUAAAAAGAAGAAGAAAAAGAAAUGGUAAGAAAUGAUAUGAAAGUUUAGUCAUGAUAAGACUAUUUUUUUGUUGGUUGUGUUUUGGGGAUUAUAGUUUUGUAUCAUAGAGUAAGGAUUAUAAGCAUAAAACUUUCAUCUUUCUCUA